UUAUCCAUUCCCACGUUAAUGUAAAGGAAAAAAAACAUUCAAGAAAGGAAGUCGUUACUUCAAGACCCAAAUAUCAGGACUUUAUGGAAUAUAAUAUUUUCAUUGAGGUACGACGGCCUUUCAUCAUCCUAUUCAUAAAUUAAUGAGUAUUUUGCUCUUUACAAAUCUAUGAACUUAACUUUUAAAAGGCGACUUAAUUGAAAAUGAAAAUUUUACUGACAAAGCUCUAGUCAAUGAGGCACUUUGUCUAUUUUUUGAUGGAGGCUUGAGCUCUCGAGGAAUCCAGAUGGUCAAUGUUUCCGCUAAAAAAACUAAAGCAGCUUCGUCGAAGAUGUACAACGGAAACUUGAGCACCACUGGGAAUUCAGCUGAUACCAGAGUCAAAUUCCAAGCGAAUGGAUCAUCAUAUGGAAAUAUUGUAGUCGUAAACUGCGUUAUAAACGGGAUCAUGAUACUUGUCUCCAUUCUAGGGAACUGUUUGGUCUCCAUCGCCAUAUGGAAGACAUCAUCACUUCGGUCUCCAUCCACAAUGUUUCUUUUUAGUUUGGCUAUUUCUGAUCUUCUGGUCGGUUUAAUAGUUCAGCCAGUUUACAUCGUCACGUCUCUAAUAGAUGUGUAUUUCCUUCAACUUCUUACAGCCCUUAUGGCGUUUGCUGCUUGUGGGGUAUCGCUUGGCACAAUGGCCGCCAUUAGCUUUGAUCGAUUCUUGGCCCUCCAUUAUCACUUACGAUAUAACGCAUUGAUGACGUCAUUUCGUGCUACAUCUGCGUUAUUGACUAUAUGGAUAACAACUUUCUUUCUAUCGUGCUUGAUAUUUUGGGACUCUGCGAUCUACAUUGCUGUUUUGGCCAUUUUUAUCAUUGCGUAUCUGAUAACCUCGGCUAAUUUUUACGUUAGAAUUUAUCAGAUUGUUCUUAAGCAUCGUUCACAGAUUCAACAUCGAGAACCUGGUAAUCAACAGCUUUCAGUCGGGCAACUCUCUAGUCAGAAAAAGUUGAUCGGAAGCGCUCUGAGCACGUUUGUAUUUUAUAUCUGUACUGUUACUUGUUAUCUACCAAGGUUUAUCUCAUUAACACUUACAGAUACCAACACAUACAAGAAGACAGCUUGGAUCUUGGCGGAUACCCUGAUAUUUUUUAACUCAGCUAUAAAUCCUCUUUUGUAUUGUUGGCGUCUACCUGAUCUCCGUGCUGCAGUUGUUAAAGUAUGGAGGGAAUUUUUCGGCAUGCAAAAUUAAGGGAAAGACACUCAUAACAUUUCUGCUUUGGAUGCAUUCACAAAAUAUUCUUCGUUUUGACUAUUUCAGUCUUCAUAUUUUAUAACAAACAAUAGAAAUUUUCCAUCCCUAAAUAAUGCAACAUAGACUAGGAAGCAAGGGGAGGGUUUGGCAAGGAGGAUAUAACCCCUUAAAACAAUUGUGUGGGGCAAAACCUCUGAGUUUAAGUGCAAAAAAUACCACUCAAGCAUUUUCUUGCCUCAGUGGCAUUCUGUAUAAUUUUGAAAUUUAUGGUUCCACUGGGGUUUUUGGCUCGUACUAACAGUUUGUAAAAUGUCGGAAUUCUUGUAAAAACAGAAUUAGACAAAAAUAAAACAAUAAAAGUAACAUUGUUCAUUGA